AUGAGAGAGGACACCUUUUCUAUCGCUACGGUCCAUCGCUGGUUCGCUCACUUCAAGGAAGGAGUCGCGGACUUCGAAGACAAGUCUCGGUCGAGACGCCACCUCGCCAUCGACGACUCAGUCAUCCUGCAUACAUCGCAAAGAGUUUCUGUAAAACCUACUCACCACCGCGCCGUCUUGCUCCCGCGAAGAACGAGGAGAACAGCCGGCCUUCACCUCAAGAAAUUUCUUCUUUGCAGCUUCUGGGUUUCAGAAGGAAUUCUGUACUAUGAAUUGCUCAAGCAAGGCCAUAUCAUCAUCGCUCCCUGUUACGUCUGGUCAACUGCAGAAACGUGCGGAAGCCGUUGGAGAAUAACGGGCUAG